AUGGCGCAUGUUAAUGUUUUACUUCGACGAUUCCAAAUAACUCACAAUCUCUCUUUAGAUGGAGUGCUUGACAUUUUAAACUCAAAAAAUAUGACAGAUGCUGGCCCACUAGAUUUGAUUGAUGAUGACAACAAUGACGUUGAAGAAGGUGUUGACAAACAAACCCGAGGGAAACUAGGAUUAGACUUGCCAGGAUCUAUGCCUAACUGUGGAAGGCCUAUUAUUCAGACAAAGUCCCUGAGAAUUGCACCUACAGGGCGUAGUUUUGUUGCGGCAACAACUGAAGGAGUUUUGGUUUAUUCUGUUGACGAAUCUUUUAUAUUUGAUCCAACUGACCUUGACAUAAAUGUUACGCCAGAGGCUGUUGAAGAAGCUCUUCGUGAAAAUCAAACAAGUAAAGCCUUGAUUCUUAGCCUUCUCUUGAAUGAGGAUUCUUUCAUUAAAAAUUGUAUAUUUUCGGUUAGUCCAGCAGAUAUUCCAGCAGUUGCCACAUCAAUCCCUUACAAAUAUAUCCAACGAUUAGUGGAAGCACUUGCAGAUCUUUUAGAAAACUGCCCACAUUUGGAAUUUAUACUUAGAUGGUGUCAGGAGCUCUGCAAGGCCCAUGGGAAUUCUAUUCAGCAGAACUCUCGCAAUCUGUUACCGUCAUUAAAAUCUUUGCAGAAAGCAAUCACUAGAAUUCAUCAGGAUCUAGCAGAUACAUGUUCUUCCAACGAAUAUAUGCUGCGGUAUUUAUGCUCUUCUGGUGCCAAGAAAUGA